UAACAUACUACUAUCUAUGGCAAGCACCUAGAUCAAGUACUCACAAAUCUCACUAUCAGUCUGGCGGUCGGUGAGGGACCAGAGAGUUCUCAACUUUCUUUGACAAAAAUCACCCCUAAGACUCUUCUGGAUUUUGUCUUACCUUUUGACGAUAUUACUAUCAUAUUCAAACACGUCUCUGGCAGUAACUCAGUGCUUCUGAAAGACCAUUAUCGGUACUGAUAGCCCGCACGCCUGCACUCUGACCCCGCCCCAUUCCAGUGACGGCACAAGGAUCAAGAGUCAAGACGACGUCCGGUCGAACAGGCGCAAGAGCAAACCGUUUCUUCCAAGCGCAUCGCCAAAUGGAGGGCAAACGGAAUAUUGUCGUUGUCGGGGGUGGCGUCAUAGGCUGUACCACGGCCUACUAUCUAAGCCGGCAUCCCAAAUUCAACCCAGCACUUCAUACAAUCACGCUGCUUGAAGCUGCCCCUUCCCUGGCUUCCGGAGCCUCGGGCAAAGCGGGUGGUCUGCUCGGCUUGUGGGCAUACCCUUCGUGCCUCGUCCCCCUCUCAUUCAAGCUUCAUGCGGAACUCGCUGCCGAACAUGGCGGCGCCCAGAAAUGGGGCUAUCGCCAUCUCAAGUGUGGCAGUAUCUCAGCUACGGUGACCAAGCAGCGUAUCCAGCAGAUGCAGACGUUGAACGGGGACACCAAGGCUUGGGAAAGACUGCCGAAGCAGAAUGAGGCAGCACAGGAGCUCUUUGCGAGCACCAACCAGCCAGAAGAUCUUGAUUGGAUAGCCCGGGACCUUGUGGAAGGAUACGCAGAGAUGGGCGCACCUGGGGCCUCCGAAACGGCGCAGGUCCAUCCCUACCAUUUCACGACGUCGAUAGGCGAGCUCGCCCGGAGCGGUGGAGUCGAUAUUCGCACAAACGCCAAAGUCACAAACAUCAAGUCGAGCGCGUCUGAGGUAGAGAGCGUCGAGUAUCUCGAUCGUGAGAGCGGAGAGACAAAGCAGAUUAACGACGUGACUGACGUGGUGGUCUCUGCUGGGCCAUGGACGGGGCGUGUGCUGCCAAAGGCCAAGGUGGAAGGACUCCGUGCUCACAGCGUCGUGUACGAGGCGGACGUCAGCGCAUAUGCUGUCUUUACGGACAUUGAGCUUCCCUCGGACUUUGUCCCUGAGCACCGCGCCAAGAUGGGCCAGAAGCGCAAGCACAAGGGGUCGGUCGACCCCGAGAUCUACGCCCGGCCUUUUGGUGAGGUCUACGCGUGCGGCGAACCGGACAAGCUCGUCCCUCUGCCAGAAACGGCCGACCAGGUCGAGUGCGACGAAGCGCAGUGCGACGACAUUAUCUCGUACAUAGGGACCGUCAGCCCCGUGUUGCACUCCGCGUCGAUCAAAGCAAAGCAGGCAUGCUAUCUUCCGCAACACAUUCGCUUCGGCCAGGAGAGUGGACCUCUAAUUGGCGGUACGUCUGUACCAGGAAUAUGGUUAGCUGCCGGUCACACGUGCUGGGGCAUUCAGAAUGGCCCGGGCACUGGUAAGCUCAUGUCUGAAUUUGUGUUUGACGGCAAGGCGACGAGUGCGAAUAUUAGCAAUCUGGACCCAAGGAAGUUCAAGGUCUGAGAACCACAUUAGAUAAUAGAACUGUAAAUACAGCCUGCAAAGUCGAAUCGCUUGGAGGACGCAUGUUGGCCUCGUCCAAAGAACCGCCAAUUCGAAAAUGC